ACCGGCCAUUGUGCGUUGGACUUUGGUUAUUGUUAUAUUUCGAGUGCGCCGCAUACGACCAUUGUUAGCCCACCUUGGCAGUUCAAUCCUUGCCCAUUGUCCUCAAGGGGACAAUGGUGCUCAUUGCCCUAAGUCAAGAGGACAAUGGGCGACGUCCCCUUCUGUGUACACCCACCACCGUUCAGAAGCCGUGUGCAGGGAAUGUCAUUCAUUGUUCGAGACAGAUCCUGACAUUGUUGUCCUAUUUCAUAUUUCAAGCAACAACCAACGGACCGACCAUCGGUGAAAAUCAACAAGGUUCUCCACCCUGUAGAGGUAGGAUAAAAUGCACUGGCUCUCAAGCAGCUCUCUCUAAUCUUCCAAGUGCUAUGGAGAAAUUAUUCGACCCCGCUGCCAACCUCCCCCUCCCCCUUCAACGUCGCAUUGACUCCUGGAAGGCCCACCCACCGAAGAGCCAGUUCCAAGUGUAUGGCCCUUUGAAUGCUUACCUCCAGGGUCACAAGUUCCUGCCAAACCGAUUCAUAGUUAAGCCACAGGCUUUGCUGAGGGAAGAGGAUGCAGGCGAGCCCGAUGACAGUGAUGCCGAUAGCGACGCGGGAGACCGUUCCUUUGACUCUCAAGGCGUGGGCGUCACUGAUGUGAGGAGAUACCCCGAUUUCAUUGUCUGUCAGUAUUGGGGACGUGGUGGCAUUGAUAACAACAACAAAUGGGAUGUUGUCCGCAUCCUCAUUGAGGUUGCAUCAAAAGAGGAAGACAACUGGGCUUUGCUGCGCCAGGUCUCUGACAACCUCGAUCGCAUCGGUCCUGAAAGGUGGAGAAAGAGGAUUUUGGGCAUUGCCAUGAUUAAGAAUAAAGCUUGUGUGCUUUGCAAUGACCCAAACAGCAAUAAGUUCCGUAAUCUGUAUGGAUGGAUAUCCAUCUUUGAUCCCAGGUUUGUGGAAGAGAUAAACCGGAUAUAUACCCUUAGCGUAGAGACAGAUGGGGAUGUAUGGGCAGGGGACGAGGAUGAGGACGAGGAUGAGGACGAGGAUGGGGAUGAUGACUUGUAAUUCAGCGUACACGCAAUUUGUAACAUGUGACCAUGGCGGUGGUAUUGUGACAGUCAACAAUAAAUUCUACCAUGUGUUUGCGGAGAAAAUUGCAGUUGCUAGGAAACUCACCGUUGACUCAAGGUCGGACUGACAGGACCCCA